CUCCGAAAGUAACGAUAUUAUGAUGUUAUUGAUAAACGAUGAUCCGGGUCAUAUUUGUCUCAGAGAUAUGGUUCUCGAUUUCACUCAACAUUGACGACGUUAUCCGAAAUAAUCAUCCUGCAGUUUACAUUCCGUGUUUAUCGGUCAGCGUAGUUCGAGCCGUGUGACGGUUUUUUGAAUUAAUCACAAGUGUUAGCAGCGAUGUACGUUGUACCCUCGCAGCGCACGAUGUGACACGACACGGACACCUGUUGCUCAUUUCGCUUGGCGAAUUUUUGUUGUUACUAUACCGUUGCCGGGUGUCACCCAUGAUAAUGGCUACCGUGGACAACAUACUCGUUGAUGAACGUGAAGAUGUUCAAAAGAAAACAUUCACCAAGUGGAUAAAUUCACAAUUAUCAAAAGAAAAUCAUGAAGUUAUAUCAGAUUUAUUUUUGGAUUUACAAAAUGGCACUAAAUUACUUUAUUUGUUAGAAAUUUUAACUAACACACAAAUAAAACCUGAAAAAGGUUGUAUGAGAGUUCAUCACUUAAAUAAUGUAAAUAAAGCUUUACAAAUAUUGGAUCAAAACAAUGUGAAAUUAGUUAAUAUAAGUAGUAAUGAUAUAGUUGAUGGUAGCCCAAAGCUUAUUCUGGGCUUAGUGUGGAGUAUAAUAUUACAUUGGCAGGUUGAUUUUCAUUUAAAAGAAUUAAUGUUGGAAUCACAGCAAACAAAUUUAGAAAAAACUUUGUUAGCUUGGUGUCGUAAAAAUACAGAAGGUUAUGGAGUUGAUAUUAAAAAUUUUACUUCAAGUUGGUCAGAUGGGUUAGCAUUCAAUGCAUUAAUUCACAAAUUUAGACCAGAUCUUGUAGAUUAUGAUUCAGUACUAAAACAACAUCCAAAUGCUAGACUUGAAAAUAUAUUUGCUGCUUCUUAUUCUCAUUUAAAUAUUGAACGUUUGUUAGAUCCUGAAGAUGUUAAUACAUCUGUACCUGAUAAAAAAUCUGUUAUGAUGUAUGUAAUGUGCUUAUUUCAAAGAUUAUCUCAGUAUUCAGAUGACAUAGGAGCUUCAAAAUCUGAGUUGCAAUUUGAUGAUACAUCGAAAAAUACUGAUGAAAGGCCUUUAAGUAUGUUAACAAAUAUUUCUGUUGAGCUUGGUGGUUAUCAAACUGCAUUAGAAGAAGUUUUAACAUGGUUGCUUGAAGCUGAAGAUCGUUUACAUCAGUCAGAAAAAUUACCUGAAGAACUAGAGGGUGUUAGGGAAAUAUUUCACCUGCACGAAAAAUUUCUUAUUGAAUUGAGGCAUCACCAAGAAGGUGUUGGUGUUGUAUUAGAAGAAGGUGCUAAAAUGUUAGCUGAUGGUGGUUUAACUGAAGAAGAAGAAGAAGAAGUUCGUAUUCAAAUGAAAUUGUUAAAUUCACGAUGGGAAAAACUGAGAAUUACUGCCAUGGAGAGGCAAACAAAAAUACAUGAAUGUUUAAUGGGAAUACAGCAAAAACAGUUGGAUGAAUUACGGUUGUGGUUGACACAAACUGAAGAUCGUAUUUCACGAUUAUCUCAAUCAGCAAAAAUGGAUGUUGAUAGUUUACGUUCACAGUUAGAAGAACAUUCUGCACUUCGAGCUGAUUUAAGAAAACAACAAUUAUCAGUUGAUUCGUUAUCCAAUCUUGUUGUGGUUAUCGAUGAAAAUACAUUCACUGAUUCUGUGCAUGUCCAAAUGGAAGAUGAAUUAUCAGCAUUAGGUGAACGUUGGGCUCAUAUUUGUAAGUGGGCUGAAGAAUAUGGUGUUAAGUUACAGACAUUAUUAAUGAAGUGUAGUCGAAUCACAGAGCAAUUAUCAUGGUUACAGUCAUGGUUUGACUCUAAAGAAGUGAGUCUUAAACAUAUGGAAUCCAAACAUGUAACUGAAGUAGCAGAAAUUUUAGAGAGGAUCAAACAAUUACAAACAUUACGUCAUCAGAUGUCAAGUCAACAAAAAAAUAUUAAUCAUCUUCAAACUAAAAUUCAAAAUUUGGAAGAGGAAUUUUUGUAUAUAGAUGAUUCACCAUAUUCAGAAAAAAUAGAAACCCUGCAAGAUAGAUGUGAUGCUUUAGUACAAAUCAUUGAAAUACAAGCUCAAAGAAUAUCUGAUGCUGGAUUUGAAUUUGAUUUAAUAACUAAUUCCCAAACAGAGAAAGCUGAUGAUAAAGUUUUAGAUGAUAAUUCAUUUGAUAGUAAUCUAAAUUUAACAGAAAUUGAAGAAUUUGGUUGGAAACGUAGAAGAAAAGGUGGAUCUUUUCAAGAAGAUGAAUAUGAAAAUGCUACAUCAAAUUUAAGUAACUGGUUAAGAAGAACUCAUAAGCUACUUGAUGAACCAUUAGAAGUAGAAGAACAAGCUGCUUUGUAUGAAGAUAUUAUGUCUGAAAUAGAUUCUCAAAAAUCACAGUUAGAUUUUGCUAGUAAAUUUAUAACAAAUAGUGAAAGUAAUAAUACUCCAUUUCCUAAAUUAGAUGAUUAUAAUAAACUGUGUAAAGAGUUUAAUGAUUUAGAAUCUUCUUUGAUAACAUUCCAAAAUAAAAUAAAAUAUAACAUUGAAAAAAAACAAAUGACAAAAGAAAUGAACAAUUUAAAAUUAAUACUUGAUGGUUACGCUAAAUGGUUAGAUAGUGGAAACUGUACUUUUGAACAAAUAAAGGUAAAAUUAAAAUCACUAAAAUCACUUCAAGAACGUAUAAAUAAAUUAAAUGCUAAUAGUGAACUGUUAGAUCCUGAAGAGUUAUUAAGAAAUGAAAUUCAAAAAUGCUUUACUAGUUGGAAUUUACUAAAUGAAAAAUUUUCUUCUUAUGAAAUACAAGCAAAACUAUCACAAGAAACUAAUUCAAAUACAAAAUUUAAAGAAUCAAAAGAAGAACUUACUGGUUGGAUUAACAAAUUAGAAGGAGUAUUACUGGGUGAACCUGUUCUAAUGAAUUAUUCAAGUGUUUUAACCGAUAAAUUAGAACAACUGAUAGAAAUGCAAAAGUCAAUAAAUGAUCGCCGUGAUACUUUAGAAAUGGUAAAUACACUUGGGCAAGAUAUUUUAGAGAAACUCAACAGUGAAUUGGCUGUAGAAAGACUAACUGAAGACCUUCAAGACUUAAAUACAAGAUGGAGUGAUAUUCCAGUACUUUUAGAUGAACGGAUUAUGAAGUUACAAAAAGAUUUGUUAUUAGUUCGAGAAUUAGAAUCUAAUUUUAGGACAUUAGAAGAUUUAAUGGAACAAAGUGAAGAUCUAUUUAAUUAUUAUAAUUCUCAAAGUGAUCAACCCGAUUUAAAAAUGAUUAAUGAUGUUUGUGAUUCUGUAUCUCAGUUAUAUGAGAAGCUUCAUGUUGAUAUGAAAAACAUUUUUGAGUAUUCUGUGGAUUCUGAAUUCAAGAUUCAAAUGAAUCAGAAAUUAGAGUCUAUUGAAGAAAAAUUAAAUAAAAUUGUGAAAUUUAAGGAAGAUAUUGCUAUUGAAGGAUUAAAAACUUUAGAAAAUGAUUUCACUGAAAUCAAAAAAUGUGUAUCUGAAGUUGAAAAAUGUCAUUCUUAUCGAGAUAAUGAUCCUGUGGGUUCAGCUGGUGAACUUAUUAAAUUAAAAAACAAGUAUCAUACUUUACAUGAUAAACUUUUGGAGAAAAAACCAAAAUUAGAAAAACUUGAAAAAAGUCAAGAUGAUAACAUCAAGAUCUUAAUUUUAAAAUGGAAUAAAGUUUUUGAUGGUGUGCAACUUAUUCGAAAUCGUUUGCAACAAGAUGUACAGCUUCACUCUGAGUUUAAAGUUUUAAUGUCUCAAGAAAAUGUAUGGCUUGAUAAAUUGGAUAAAUGUCUUAAAAAAAGUGUGAAAACUAUAGCAACAGAUGCUGAAGAAAUAUCUGAAGAGCUCGAUGAUUUAGAAAAUUGUCUUAGAAACCAUCCACAAUCUAGAGUUGAUCGAUUGAAUGAAAUUGGGUCUAUUUUGACUGAUCAUAAUGUCAUGUUGUCAAGUAUUAAAGUAGAUUUAGCAAAAGUUACUUCACGUUGCAAAAAACUUACGACUCAAGCAGAGGAUAAAAUUAAGCGUUUAGAAGAGAGCAUUGAACAAACACAAAAAUCUGAAAAUUGCAUUGCUGAAUUUCAACAAUGGCUUGAAACUACUGAUCAACAACUUACAUCUCGUAUACAAAAUGAUUUUUCACCUCAAGAUCUACCUAAUGAUGUUGAAAGAUUAUCUAAAGAAUUCCAAAACCAAGCUAAAUUAUUGCAUGACAUGGAAGAGCAGAUAUGCAAUUAUGAAAUAGCAAAUAAAAAAGAAGUAGCAAAUCGUUUGAAGGAUCAAUUAUCUUUAUUAAAAAAACGUUUUUAUCAAUUAGAAGAGAAAUUUGAAAGAUAUCAAUCUCCUGGAGAUUUACCUACUCGUGUUUCUAGAGUCUUGAGAGAAUUACAGUCCAUUGAAAAUACUAUAUGUCUUUUAGAAUUAGCAUCUGAUGAUCCUGAUAGCAUUAAAGGCCAACUGGAACAGUCUAUGAAAAUGAGUUCUACUUUAGAAAUUUUAAAAAAUGAAGUGGACUUUGUGAUAAGUUCAAAUGAAACUUAUGAGAAUCAAUUACAAAUUGAAACCAUUAAUCAGUUAUAUUCUAAAUUGACUACAGAUAUUUCUAAUACAAAAUCUAAACUAGAAAAAGGAUUAAACAUUUUGCAUUUUCUUGACAAUAAUAUUAAUAGUUUUGCAAAUUGGUUAAAUGAAGUGGAACAAAAACUGAAUGAAAUUGAAAAUAAUCACUCACCAGAGACACAUUUUGAUGUCCAAUUACAAUUUAUUAAACAUACUUUAGAAGUAGAUUGUAAAGAGUGGGAAAAAGUUCAGAAUUCAAUUAAUUCUCAUUACAUUGAAUUUGAAUCUCUUAAAGAUCCCCUAUGUGAAGAUAAUACUUACCGUGAACGUAUGGAUAUUAUUUUUAAUAGAUGGACAAUAGUUUUGAAAAGACUUCAAAAUAAUUUAACACAACUGGAGGAUAAAUCUAAUAUGACUUGUGAACAAUUGGAAAAAAAUCUUAAUAAAUCCACAGAAUUAAAUGAAAAAUAUGUUCCCAAGAUAAUGAUUACUGAAGAAAAAAGCAAAAAAGAUCACCAUUCAUUAAUGCAGUAUAAUGAUGAAGAAGAUACAUUUCAACUGACUAAAAACAGUAUGUUAUUUUCACAAGUAUCUCAAGUAGAUCCUAAGUUUUUGCAAUCUUUUGUAAAACCUAAAUGUGAAAAUAAUACACAAGAGUGUGUCAUGGUUGAGAUUAAAGAACAUGAAAUAUUAAAGUCCAGUGUUAUUAGUCAUGGUGAAGUUACUGCAAUUCAACGUGUAGUUCCUGAGGGUUAUGCAGAAAUGGUUGAGUUAUCUGAGGAUACUGAAACAGAUGCAGAUGAAACAGACGAGGAGAAAUGGCCUCAAAUUGUAUACAGAAGAAAAAAUACAGAAAAAAAAUCAUGUUUAAGUCCUUGUGAAAUUUUAGUCAAAAGACAAAAACUGGCAUCAGAUGAAUCACUUAAAUCUAGUUUAGAAAGCUUACAUAGUAAGGAGUAUAUGGCUUCCUUAGAAGAAGAACAAAAAGAGCACUCUGAUUCAUUGUGUGUUAAAGUAAAUAAGACUCAUCAUACUACUAUUACUGCUUGGCAAAAUCCUGAAUCAGAUGAUCAUAAAGAAGUUAUAUUACUUAAAGAAAUAGAAAUGUCAAAUACAUACAGAAUUAUUGGAACAGAUCAAGAUAUAAAAAUUUUAAAUUCACCUAAAAGUAUUGCUGAAGAUAAUGAUAGUUUUUAUGGAAGUGACAAAGAAACAGAUGAUAUAGUAGUAUUUUCUGAUGACGAAGAACUAAAUAGUAAUUUUGAAGAUUGCAGUUCAUCUGAUGAAGAACAAAUAAGCAAGGGUAAUUUAUUUGUGAAACAAAAAAAAGAAAUUUCAAUAAGUUCUAAAUUAUCGAAUAAUUCAUUGAUUAAAAACAUUGAUGUAGAUAUUGAAAAAUAUGAAAAUGAAGCAAAGUUAAUGUUAACUAGGAUGGAAGUUACUUUAAAAGAUCUCCGCAAAUUAAAUACAGAAUCUGAUCCAAAUAAACGUUUUGAGUCUGUUGAACAAGAAGUAAGCAAUAUAGCACCUGAUGCUGCUACAUUAAUAAGUAAAGGUGAUAGUCUUAUACUUGCCAGUCACACGGAAGAUCCUUCAAGAGCAAGUACUUUGUGUACUUUAAUUCAAGACAGACUUAGAGUUAUGUGGACUCAUAUUAUGUCAGAAAUAGAGAUAGUAAAACUACAAACUCAAAUGUUAGAGAAACAAGUACAUUCAUUCAAUAAAAUUACUCAAGAUAUUGAAAAUUGGAUAAAUCAUAAGCAUAACAAUACAGAGGUAUUUGAACGAGAAAUUAAUAAUAAAUAUGCUAAUUUAUUAGAAAUGGAUGAAGUUAUAUCAGAUAUUGAAGCAUUAUGUUAUAAUAAGGAUGCUGUUGGUAAAAUGCGAUUAAAAAUUGUAGAACUUAAUAAUAAACUGAAUAAACUGAGUCCCUUGUCUCAACCACAAAAUGUUAAUGUUUCUGAAGAAGUUUUAUCUGAAAUAAAUGAUAUAAGAAUAAAUUUAGGUUCUUUAUUGAAACAAUUAAAUCUAAUACCAUUAUCAAACAAUUCUGUUGCACUUCAAAAUUCUAAAAUUGAAGAUAUUCAAAAUGAAACUAAAAAGCUAAAAAAAUGUAUUGAAAAAUUGAAUUCUAAAAGUAAUAAUGAUGAUGUAUUUGUUCAGCGAAACCUUAUAAAAAUCCAAGAAAAUUGGGAGAUGCUUAAUAAAUGUGUCAUUGAACGAACUGGACAACUAUCUAGCAUACAAACAGAAGUUAGUAAUUUACAACAAAGUGGAAAGGAACUUUCUGAAUGGUUAGCAGAAAUUGAAUGUGAUAUGGAAGAAAAUAAUUCAACAUUAACAUUGCAAGAAAAAAAAAAUAAGCAGCAUGAUUUAGAAAAAAGAGUAUCGUCUAGGCAUAGAACAGUAAUAAGUUUUUUAAACUGUUCACGCACAUUAUGGUCACAUUCAGAUAGUUUUCAGUCAGAAGUUGAGAGCCUUAGAUUAAGAUGGCAAGUAGUUUUAAAUAAGUUGACAACACAAAGAGAAAGGUUAAAUGAAAUGGAAAAAUCGAAAUCUGAUUUUUCAAGUGUUAUAUCAGCUACAAAAAUUACAAUUGAUCAGACUUUAAAUGUACUGCAAGCUUCUCAGGCCAAUCCUUCAGAAGUUGAUUCAUUAAACUCGAAAAUUUGUUUGCUUAAGUGCAAAGAAGUAGAAUUAUUGACCCGAAGAAAGGAAUUGGAUGCUAUCAAUUCAAAAAAAUUAAAACAACCAAAUGAUCUAGAAUCAAUUAAGUCACUUCUUGAUCAAGUUAUAUCUGAUUUAUCUGAUAAUUUAAUAUGUUUAAAUGGAAAAUUAGCGGCUUUAAAUAAAUUCAUAAAUCAGUUAAAAGAAUUGAAUAGUUGGGCCACUAAAAAAAAAUCAGAAGCAGAUGAAAUUAACCACAAACCAUUUACAGAGAGAAAAUUAGCAACUGAAAAGUUACAUUCAAGCUUAAUAGAGCGUAAUGCAGAAGUUCAAGAUAUUUUGGAAAAUUUUACAAAUAUAGAAAAACAAUGCGAAGGAAUAAGUCAACCAGUGUCUGUGGAUUUACAGGAAAUUGUUAAAUAUCUCAGAGAAAAUUGGAAUUAUUUGAAAAAUGCAAAUCAAAACAUUUCCAAAAAAAAAUCAGUCACAUCAAUUGAAGUAAAAAAAGCAGAAGAAAAUUGGAAAAGUCUAACAAAGAAUGUCUCAGAAACACAUUCCCGUUCAAGUUUACGGUCAUUAUCUCCUGUCAACUCAUCAGAUGCACUUCUCAAUUUAUUAGCUAGUUUUGAUAAAUCUAUUUUACAGAUUUGUGAUUGGUUGGCAUUAGAAGAAAAUAUGUUGCGUCAACAAUCAGUUACAGUUGGGGAUGUGGAUGAUAUACUCCAACUUAUUGAUAAACAAAAGAAUGUAUUACGAGAGUUGGAACAGAAAAAGCCUCAACUUGAUGAACUUGUCCAUACUGCUGAAAACCUUAAAGCUGAUUCAAAUCGACAACAAUUACAUGGCAAAGUGACUAAAUUACGUGAACAUUGGGACGAAACUAAUAAUAAAGUAAUGCAACGUAAAACUGAAUUAAAUGCAAUGUUAAAUGACAGUCAACGCUAUGAAGCAAAGAAAAAGGAAUUAGAUACUUGGUUGACUAAAAUGGAGACCAGAUUACAGCGAAUGAGUUCAGUUGGUAAUACUGCUGAUGUUCUUGAUGCACAGCAGAGAGAACAAAAGACAUUCCAUGUUGAGUUACAUCAAUACAAACAUCAAAUUGACUUAUUUAAUCAACUUACCCAAAAACUAAUAGCUGUAUAUCAAAAUGAUGACAUUUCCAAAAUUAAAAAAUCAACAGAACAAGUAAACCAAAGAUUUCAAAAUUUAAACACUAACAUAAUUAGCCGAGGAAAAGUAUUACAUUCAGCAAUAAAUUCUUUACAGAAUUUAGACAAAUCAUUUGAUAAUUUUUUGGGAUGGUUGUCAGAAGCAGAAUCAUCUAUGGAAACAAUUGAAGCUGAGUUUGAUAAAUGCAACACACUAAAACGAGAUAACACUAAAGCUAUGAACCAACUAAAGGAACUUCAGCAAGAAAUGGAAACAAAAAGUCAAUCUUUAAACUCUCUUGACACAAGCGGAAGAAAACUUCUAGGAAAUCUAUCAUCUCAAGAAGAUGCUGUAAUGCUUCAGAGACGAUUAGAAGAAAUGAAUCAGCGUUGGAAUCAACUAAAAAAUCGUUCUGUUAAUAUAAGAAAUAGAUUAGAAAAUAAUACGGAACAUUGGAAUACUCUUUUAUUAUCUUUAAGAGAACUAGUUGAAUGGAUUAUUAAAAAAGACACAGAAAUUUCAAGUUUUGGUCCAUUAGGAAACGAUUUGACAACUUUGCAAAAGCAACAGGAUGAUCAUAGAGGGUUCCGUAGACAAUUGGAAGAGAAGAGACCAGUUAUUGAUUCUAACCUACGCAGCAGUCGCCAAUACAUAAAUAAUGAAUCUCAAAUUGUAUCAGCUGUAAAAAAUGAAGAAAUUAACAAUACUGGAGAUUCUAGAGGAUAUCGUAGUGCUGAAGAACAAGCCCGUGAUUUAACAAUAAGUUUAAAACGUGAAGUUACUCGUGUUUCUGAACAAUGGAAUUCUUUACUUCAGCGCUCGGAUCAGUGGCAACGAAGCCUGAAUGACUCUAUUAAGAAAAUGCAGUUAUUCCAGAAAGGUCUAGAAGAUUGUACUUCAAAAUUAGCUAGUGUUGAGGCCAUGUAUAAGACAUGGCCAGUCUCUGGUACUAGUGACUCUACAAAACGUCUUCAAGAACUACGGCAAUUUGGAGACCGACUUAAUCCUGUACAAAGAUUAUUGGAAGAAGUAAAUGAUCAAGCUAGCAUACUCGCAACAAACAAUAUUACAAUAUCUGCAUCCAAUAAAAUCACUUUACAGGAUAUUAAUAACCGGUGGAAAGUUUUGCAAUUAGCUAUGGAUGAUAGAUAUAAACAAAUUCGUGAUACUGGUAAAAACAUUAUUAACAACAGUAAUGGAACUUCCCCAGCAAGUCAUAUUGAGGCUUCUACUUCUCUAUUACUGAGUGGAUCAGUGGACCCUCCAUGGAAACGUGAAAUUACUCCCAACAAAGUACCGUAUUAUGUUAAUCAUCAAUGUGAGUCUACAAACUGGGAUCAUCCAAAAAUGUUGGAAUUGAUGUCUUCAUUAUCAGAAUUCAAUGAAGUAAGAUUCUCUGCUUAUAGAACUGCCAUGAAAUUACGGACUGUUCAAAAACGCAUGUCUCUUGAUUUAUUGACCCUAGAAGCUGCUUUAGAAUCAUUUGAUAACCAUGGUCUUCGUGCUCAAAAUGACAAAUUAAUUACUGUGUCCGAAAUGUUAACUAUAUUAGGAUCUAUUUUUGAUACACUAGCAUCUCAACAUCCAUCUUUAGUUCAUGUUCCACUUUGUCUUGACCUAUCUUUAAACUGGCUAUUAAAUGUUUAUGACAGUCAACGAACUGGUCAAAUUCGUGUACUCUCAUUUAAAGUUGGUUUAGUAUUAUUAUGCAAAGGUCAUUUAGAAGAAAAAUACCGUUACUUAUUUAGGCUAAUAGCUGAUCCAAAUAGACAAGUAGAUCAACGCAAAUUAGGACUUUUAUUGCAUGAUUGUAUACAGUUACCACGUCAAUUAGGUGAAGUAGCUUCAUUUGGUGGUUCUAAUAUUGAACCAUCUGUUCGAAGUUGCUUCCAAAAAGCUGGAAAAGACAAAUCUGUUAUUGAAGCAAUGCACUUUUUGGUUUGGCUACAGCAAGAACCUCAGAGUAUGGUAUGGUUAGCCGUAUUACACAGACUAGCUGAAGCUGAAUCUGCCAAACAUCAAGCAAAAUGCAACAUAUGCAAAACAUAUCCUAUAAUUGGUUUCAGAUAUCGGUGCUUAAAAUGUUUCAAUUUUGAUAUGUGUCAAUCGUGUUUCUUUUCUGGUCGUAAAGCCAAACAUCACAAGCUUACUCAUCCUAUGCAAGAAUAUUGUACAACAACAACAUCUGGUGAAGAUGUUCGAGAUUUUACUCGUGCUUUACGUAAUAAGUUCAAAUCAAAACGCUAUUUCAAAAAGCAUCCCCGUGUUGGUUAUUUACCUGUUCAAUCAGUAUUAGAAGGUGAUGCUCUAGAAAGUCCUUCACCAUCUCCACAACAUUCCAACACUCCUACUAUACCUGAUGUUCAUAAUCGUUUAGAAUUAUAUGCUUCACGUUUAGCUGAAGUUGAAUAUAGAGCUCGUAGCAAUUCAACCCCAGAUUCUGAAGAUGAACAUCAACUUAUUGCCCAAUAUUGUCAAUCAUUAAAUGGUGGUUCUGAAACAUUACCAUCAGUCCCUCGAAGUCCAGUUCAAAUAAUGGUUGCGAUUGAUGCUGAUCAACGACAUGAGUUAGAAGCUAUGAUUAAGGAAUUAGAAGAUGAAAACAAUCAUUUGCAAGAAGAAUAUGAAAAAUUAAAAACUGGUUCUGGCAUCAAAGGGUCACAAAAUAUUGUGCCCAAUAAUAAUGGUGAAGUUGACAUGGUAUCUGAGGCUAAAAUGUUACGCCAACAUAAAGGUCGCUUAGAAGCACGUAUGCAAAUACUGGAAGAUCAUAAUAGACAAUUAGAAGCUCAACUGCAAAGACUUAGACAAUUAUUAGAAGAACCAGCCACAUUCCAAACUAGGUCAGUGACUGCUUCCCAAUUAGCAUGUGAUUCUCCUUUACAAAAUUCUUCUGACAAAUCAGGGAAUUGGUCAGAAAAUAAUGGUCGCAAUACUUUAGAGAGGCCCCCUCCUCCACCAAUAACAUCAUCCCAUCACACUGUUGGUAAUCUGCAUCAUAUGGCAGAUGAUCUAGGUAAAGUUGUUACUGAGCUUGUAACUGCCAUGACUACUGAUGAACAUACACAAAUAAAAAAGUAAAUUUAAUUUUUGUUUUUUUAUGUUAAAAAAUUGAUUGGUGUAAUUAUAUGUAUUCUUCAAUUCCCAAAAUGCUGGUAAUUUUUGAUAAGUUAAAUAUCAAUAAAGUAACUUCUCUACUAACAUUUAUUAUAAAAUGUUUAUUAUCUUAAGUAAAACUCAUAAUUUUUGUAGACAUUUGAAACUACAUCACUAGUUUUAUAUGCAAACAAUUAAAUUU